CUGAGCUGGAUGAUCCCACCACAAAGUCCGCCGAACGCCCAUGGCAGCGGCCUGCAAACUCACCAUGGCAUCAACUUUGGAUGCUGGAUUGCCUCAGCUGUCACUCCUUGUGCCACUUCUUGCGCUGAUUCUGAGUCAUGACUGCCUACCCUGCCUCGCCUCCCCUCGGAGAGGUUUCUCGCCCCAACGCUCUUCAGAACCGCUGACGAGAGGCGCUCGACGGGCGCUGGGCGAGGAACUCCUCGCGGUGGUUUCACCUCUGAAAGCCGAGGAGAAUGAGCUGGAGCUCUCAGUUUGGUACUUCGGAACAAUGGGGGCCCCCAAAAUGACCCCCACCAGGAGCAGUGACCCUUUGAUAUCCCAGGAUGAGGUCACUUAGUCCCUAA